AUGAAAGGACUCAAAAAGAAGGUUUUGAAGUCCAUACAGAAGCUAAUCUAUGGCGAGGAUGAGGAAGCCAAGAAGUUCUCUAACUGCGCCAUUUGCCUGGCAGAGUUCGCCGCUGGAAAAGAGCUAAUCUAUGGCGAGGAUGAGGAAGCCAAGAUGAAGUCGCCAUUACUCAUAGAUCUGUGUAUAAAUUUAUGUUUAUUGAUGGGAGUUGUGACAUUGGAGGAAGGAAAUGGAGGCCACACAGAAGUUGAUGGGAGUGGUGACGGUGGAGGAAGGAUCUGGACAGGUCUAAUUGUUGGGAAGAAGGAGACGGCGGUGGUCUAA